AUAAUCGAUUGUGAUUGAUCAAUUUCUUAAGGCUUAGAGUUUAAUCAUCUAUUGUAGACCACGCUUUAAUGUCGGUCCACAGUAGGUAUUUUAAGUCUUAAGAAAUUAACCAAUCACAGUCGAAUGUGAAAAGAAUUAUUAACUAUAAUUGGUCAAUUUCUUAAGGUUUAAGGCGUAAUAUACCUAUUAUGGACCAACGCUUAAACGGUAGGUAUUUGCCACAUUCAACGGAAAAAGCAGUUCAGAAAGUGCUUACUGAUUAUCGCUUCUGAUUGGUCUAUACUCCCGGAUCUACUAAGAAUCUAAAAGAAUGCUCCAAUUACAGACAAUAAUCACUAACUCUCUGAGCUGUUGCUUUCCGCUAAGUGCGGCCAUUCUGUUGGCGUUUUCGAUUUGUUGACUCAACCCGACUAAAGCAGGGGAUCGAUAUCUCAAAACGAAGUGAAGAUUACAAAAGUGAAUGAAUUUACUAGAAAAUUUAUAAUUUUAUUGGCCGACAUUUCAUGAAUUUACUCACUUUUUAUCAUUUUUACUUCGUUUUGAGAUACAUAAUUGACCCCGAUAUUCCGGUAUUCGAUAAAAUAUUACGACUGUAGCAUAUGUAACAUGAAUUAUAGAUUGCAGUACUACAAGGAUGAUCGGAACGCUGUCCGAGUCGAGUUGCGUCAGCGAAUCGAAAAUCGUUUCUGCUAUUAAAUCAAGGUCGUAGGAUGACUCGAUGCAAAUCAGUCGGACUUUCAUAGAAGUAGUACGGACCAACGAUAGAUCAGGGGAUCGUUAUUUUCCAUCAGUGCUACUUUUAUUAUCAAAUGAAACAGAUAACUCAACAAUAAAUUAAACAAAUCUGUGUUUACUUUAAAGGAGUACGUCUGAUAUAUCUAAACAGUGGACUGUGUAGACUCUAUUGACAAGUAAUAUUUUUUCGAUCUGAUGUUAAAUUACAUUAUUGGGAGGGAAAAAUUUAAACGGAACAAGUUCCAGAGCGAGUUCAAUGAGUUCAGAUGACAUAUCAUCCGAAGGAUCUUCGGACACUUCGUUCGAAGAGUAAAAGGCUUCCAAGAGGACAAGCAAAGUGACAAACGAUGAACGUACAAACGAGACAUCCUUACGAGGGUCUGCUGCACAAGUAUACAAAUGCUAUGAAAGGCUGGCAAUACCGAUGGUUCAUCCUAAGCCCUGAGACCGGCGAGCUGCACUACUUCCUCAGCGAAUCCGAGAAGAAUCAGAGGCCCCGGUGUUCGAUAUAUCUGGCGGGGGCAGUGAUAGCUCCCAGCGACGAGGAUUCCAACACAUUUACAGUUAAUUCUGCUACAGGUGACAUGAUCAAGCUGAGGGCCACAGAUGCGCGAGCUCGUCAGGAAUGGGUGGACAAGUUGCGAGCUGUUACAGAGAUGUACACUAGAGCCAUAGCCAGCAGUCAUCCUCCAUUACCUCCUCGAGAACACUCUGGGAAUACGAGUAGGAAUCCUGUUGUUAAAUUAGAAGUGUUGGAUGCUUUCGCCAAUUGCCAGGAACAAUUGAGGAAAGUGGAGAAACAUAAUCUUGCCUUGGCACAGUCCAUUGAGAACUUGGAUCUACAUCUGGAUCCUGAUCUCUUGGUCCUCAAAGCUACAGCGCACACAACUCUGCAUACUUUGAACCAGUGUCUCAACAUUUUGUAUCAGUAGCGACUUGGUAAUUAGGUUGACUAUAUAAUUUUUUAUACGUGUGAGUACAUAAGAUUGCUCAUUGCAAUAUUUACAUAUAUUUUAUUUUAAGUAGUUCUUUAUUUAUCAAUAAUCAGAGCUGGUUUCAGAUAUUACUCAGGUUUGAUAUUUAUUUAAAGUUUAUUUUAUUUGUUAUUAUUGAAUCUCGAAGGGAAAAAAUGAAACUCUAAUUU